UUGAUUUAGUUAAGUCAAGACUUACACAAUGCUAUUCAUCAUUUUAAUUGCAAUAUUUUCUAUUAUUUUCUUUCUUAUUCUGUCUAAUAAACAAAGAAAAAAUAAACAAUAUCGUUUUCCACCAGGACCAAAAAAGCUUCCGUUUAUUGGAAAUCUUCAUCAAUUUGAUCCCUCGAAACCUGCCCAUGUUUUCUUCUCGAAACUAGCCAAAAUUUAUGGCCCGAUCAUGAGUUUGCAACUUGGGCAACGAACAAUGGUCAUGAUUCAAUCUCCUCGUAUUGCCAAAAGUUUUUUGCUAGCACAAGAUAAUAACUACUAUAACAGGUUUUUACCGGUUAGUGCAAGAAUGUUUAGUUAUAAUGGUUUAGGAGUGUUUUUUUCUCCUUAUAAUGAGAAUUAUAUAGAAAUGAAGAAAAUGUUUGUUGUUCAUCUUUUGAAUUCAAAAGUAGUUCAAUCUUUUGCUUCGAUUCGACGAGAAGAAGUAUCAAGGAUUAUUCAUAAGAUUUCAGAUCUCUCUUAUAAUUCUGAAAUUGUCAAUUUGAGUGAUUUGGCUACAAACUUUACAAACUCUAACAUAAGCAGAGUUGCUUUUGGCAAAAGGUAUGAAAAUGAGGAUGGGACAAGGAGCAACUUUCAUGGCCUUUUAAGUGAGGCUCAAGCCUUAUUUGCAGGGUUCUUCUUUGCUGAUCAUUUCCCAUCUCUUGGUUGGGUUGAUAAGAUAACAGGACAAUAUUCAAGACUUGAGAAGACUUUCAAGAAAAUGGAUGAGUUUUAUGAAAAAGUCAUUGAAGAUCAUCUUAAUAAGCCUAAAUCUCAUCAAGAGGAUAUCAUUGAUAUUCUACUUAGGCUUAAGAAUGAGGGUUCCUUUGCAUUUGAGCUCACUAUGGAACACAUCAAAGCAACUUUAAUGGAUCUUUUUAUAGGUGGAACUGAUACAACAGCAGCUAUGAUAGUGUGGGUAAUAACAGAACUAAUGAGAAACCCUAGUGCAAUGGAGAAAGUCCAAAAAGAGAUUAGGAGUGUAAGUCAAAACAAAAGUUACAUUGAAGAAGAUGAACUUGUGAAUCUUCAAUACUUUAAGGCGGUGUUGAAAGAAACAUUUCGAAUGCAUCCACCACUUCCGCUACUAAUUCCACGAGAAUCAAUAAAAAGAAGUACCAUCGAUGGAUAUGAUAUUUUACCCAAAACAACAAUAUCGAUUAAUUUAUGGGCUCUUGGAAGAAACCCUGAAUCUUGGACCGAUCCAAAUUUAUUUAUUCCAGAAAGAUUUUUGGGAAGUUCACAAAAUUUUUUAGGACUAGAUUUUGAUAUGAUUCCUUUUGGGGCUGGUAAAAGAAUUUGCCCUGGUAUAAAUUUUGGAGUAGUUAACCUUGAACUUGUGCUUGCUAAUUUGCUACACUUUUUUAAUUGGAAAUUACCAAUGGGUUUAAAUAAGGAAGACAUUGAUACCGAUGUGCAACUUGGAAUAACUAUGCACAAGAAAAAUCCACUUUGUCUUAUAGCAAACAAGUCUUUGUGAAGAGCAUACUAUUGAAACAUAGAUUUAGAGACACAUAAGCAUCAACUUAUAUAGUUUUCAUGAAUCAUUUAAAAAUGGAUGUAAUA